GAUGGAGGGCCCGUCGGUGAGGCCUCGGCGGCCCUGACGGUGCGGCUUCGCGUCCGCGGAGAAGCCGGGAGAGGCCUCUGGGGCGCCGGUCGGGGCGGCGAUGGCCUUCACCUUGUACGCGUUGCUUCAGGCCGCGCUGCUGUUCGUCAACGCCAUCGCGGUGCUGCACGAGGAGCGCUUCCUCCGCAGGAUUGGCUGGGGAACAGACCAAGGAAUUGGAGGCUUUGGAGAAGAUCCGGGAGUUAAAGGACAAUUAAUGAACCUUAUUCGAUCUGUACGGACAGUUAUGAGAGUGCCAUUAAUUGGACUUAACACUGUCACAAUUGUGUUGCUUUUGUUAUUUGGUUGAAGAAGAUGACUCCUGGCAAAACUGCCUGUGUGGUGUAUCUAGAACAAACGGACUGCCGACCAAUUUGCUCACGGGGAUCCAAGCUGACUGAGUGUCAGAACUACGCCAUUGCCUCAAUAAAGAACAAUUUCUAUUUAUUGUAUUUGUUAAUACUCAGCUCUGUUUCAUUACACCAGAAAACUGAAUCAAUAUAAAAGUGCUGUACAAAUUUAGACAUGUGGAACAGAUUUUUCAUUUAGUAGCAUCAAAUAUUUGUUACCUGUUAUAGCCUAUUGUAAUAAUUACUUGAAGGCGCUUUUCCUUAAAUUCCUGUUGCUCAGGUUUCUGUUUCCUAACAGUACAAAAUUGAAGGUUUGUGUAAAUUUGGAUUCUGUUUCACUUACAGUCAACAUACCAAUAAAUAGAUGAAUGAUGUAGCUCUCAUAAUUUUAAGGUAGGGUCCUACUUGGCCCAGUACCUUUGUUAAUAUCACAGAAAUGGAAGUUUGAGCUGUUGGUGUAAAUGAGCCUUUUAAAAAUGCACGGUGAUGUUUUGGCAUUUUUAAGUUAGGUGCUUUGAAAACUGGUUUAUGCAUUGUGACUUCAGUUUAGCAAGAUUUAGAAUAAUUAGGCCUUAGGAUGAAGACAAUACUCCAGAAACUUUGUUGAAAAAGUAGACAUCUCAUUACAGUGUUUUACAGUAUUAAGUUCCUUUGAUUUGUAAGUGUAAAAUAAUGUAUAAAUAACGGUUUAUAUAAAAUGAACUGUGAGUACUGUA